CUACCGCUGCAGGGAGUGAAGCACCCCGCUGGCAGGAAGGACGCCAGCGGACGCUUCGUCAACCCCUGGCCCACCUGGAACUUCCCGUCCUACAUCACCAUCCUCCGCCUCUUCCUGAUGGAGAAGAACCACAGCAACGUGCCCAGCUCCAAGGAGGUUCUAGAUAAGGAACUGCCGGUUCUGGAGCCGUUCUUCGUGCGGAGCCCGGAGAGUGUGGGUUCUGUGGCCUCGGGCCUGCGUGUGACGUGGCUGGGUCAUGCGUCCGUGCUGGUGGAGAUGGACGGCCUGGUGGUUCUGACUGACCCGAUGUUCAGCCAGCGUGCCUCGCCCAUGUGGAUGCUGGGACCCAAGCGGUACCGCGGACCGCCGUGUUCCGUUGAACAGCUGCCGCGCGUGGACGCCGUGCUCAUCUCGCACACACACUACGACCACCUGGACCUGGCAACGGUCACCGCGCUGAACCGCCGCUUUGGCUCGGACCUGCGCUGGCUGGUGCCGCUCGGCCUGCUGGACUGGAUGCACGGAACCGGCUGCCAGAACGUGAUCCAGCUGGACUGGUGGGAGAACUAAGUCCCCGGACACUCUGGGGUCUGUUACACACACACACACACAGCGCAGCACUGGUGCAAACGCACGCCGCUGGACGACAACCGGACACUCUGGGGGAGCUGGUCAGUCCUGGGCCCCUCCAGUCGUUUCUUCUUUGCGGGCGACACGGGCUACUGCUCUUCUUUCCAGGAGAUUGGACGACGCUUCGGCCCUUUCGACCUCGCCGCCAUCCCCAUCGGAGCCUACCAGCCCAGAGGUAUCAUGCGUUCCCAGCAUGUGGACCCUGAGGAAGCGGUAAAGAUUCACAUGGACGUCCAGGCUAAACACUCCCUCGCUGUCCACUGGGGCACUUUCGCCUUGGCGUACGAGUAUUACCUGGAGCCCCCAGUGAAGCUGAGGGAGGCCAUGGAGCAACAAGGUCGCGACCCCGAGGAGUUCUUCACCCUCAACCAUGGAGAAUCACGCCUGCUCAACACCACACAGGACGUGUUUGACUGAGGAGAUGGAACACACACACGCACACACACACACGCACAAACACGCACACAGGCCAUGGAACAGCAAGGUCACGACCCCGAGGAGUUCACCCUCAACCACAGAGAAUCACACCUGCUCAACACUACACAGGACGUGUUUCACACACACACACACACACACACACACACACACACACACACACACACACAUACACACAGGCCAUGGACGACAGGGUAGUGACCCCAACGAGUUCCUCACCCUCAACCACGGAGAAUCAUGCCAGCACACACACACAAAUAAACACACACACACACACGGGAUGGAAGAUGUGUGCUAGUGUGCUUUCUAGCUGUAGGACUCUGAAAGCUGUAUCGCUGCUUCUACUACCAACAUCACUAUUAAUACUUUCCCAUGGCCAUGACCGACACACACACACACACACUUUUCCCAUGGCCAUGACCGACACACACACACACACACACUUUUCCCAUGGCCAUGACCGACACACACACACACACACACACACACACUUUUCCCAUGGCCAUGACCGACACACACACACAGGGAUUCUGUCUGAGUGCACUUAUGAGUGUGCACUUCUGUCUGUAGUGCACUUCGGAGUGUACACUUCUAUCUGUAGUGCACUUCCAUCUGAGUGCACACUUCUAAGUGUGCACUUCUGUCUGUACAUAAUAUUGUAGCUCACGAUGGCUGCUGCAGAGUUCUUUAGAUAAAGGAGACCAUGUAUAAUAGGAAUGUAAGAGGUAUUUUUACAAGAGCUAAGCUGUAGAUCAUAAGACACAGUAAAUAUGAUUUGGACCCAA